GCGACUAGCUAGGGUGUGGAUCCUCCUCGCAGUGAAAAAGGACGGGCUUCUUGUGCUGAACUGGUUCGGUGCGCAUUCGAGGUAGCAUAUUCUUUCUCACUUCUGACCGUCUACACCGGCAAAAGUGCUCACUUAUCUUUGAAGCUACUCAGUGGAGUUCAGAACACACAAACACACAGGAUGUUUUUGGCCAAAAGACUCAUUGGUGGGAUCUUGGAUGUUGUGAGCAACAUCGAUCCCAGCCAGUUUGUGCCCUCAGAUCCUCCCCCCACUCGCAGACCACUGGCCUACUCCGAGUCGCAUGAGAAUGAUGAAGAGAGACAGUUCCGGAAGGUCUUCCAACAGCUUGCUGGAGAUGACAUGGAGGUCAGUCCCAACGAGCUCAUGAACAUCCUGAACAAAAUCAUAGGAAAACAUGGUGACUUGAGAACAGACGGCUUCAGCGUCGAGUCAUGCAGGAGUAUGGUGGCAGUCAUGGAUAGUGACAGUACUGGUAAGCUGGGCUUUCAUGAAUUCAAAUACCUUUGGAACAACAUCAAGAAAUGGCAGGGCAUUUAUAAGUCAUAUGAUAAGGACCGCUCAGGAGUCAUAGGAGCAGACGAGCUGCCAGGUGCUUUCAAAGCUGCAGGCUUCCCCCUCAACGACCAGCUCUUCCAGAUGAUUGUCCGCAGGUACAGCGAUGAGAACGGCAACAUGGACUUUGACAACUACAUCGGCUGCCUGGUCCGCCUCAAUGCCAUGUGCUGUGCAUUUAAGACACUCGACAAGGACGAUAAUGGCACCAUUAAGGUCAACAUUCAGGAGUGGUUGCAGCUGACGAUGUACUCCUAAACACUGAGAUCAUACCCUGAGAACCCAACCUUCAUCUCCAAAGCUUCUCAGUAAACCAAACUAUGUUUACUCACCACCUCCUCUGUAAGCUGUUACCCUUUUGUUGUUGCCUAUUGUGCAGGCCAGGUAUACAAUAUAGUUAUCUUGGCAAAGGCUUGCAGUGUCCAUGUUUAAACACUAGAUGGCAGCUUUGCUUGAGACAAAACCUUGCUCAGAGACCCUUUGCACAAAUGCUGUCAACAUUCCAAUGUUUGGACCCUCUUUUGUAAAUGUCCUCUUGCCUAAUAAAAAGGGAGUGCCCAUACAAACUUAAAA